UGAACUGUGUUGGUGUGAUGGUAGCCCACACCCUUUCUUUCGCCUGUCUCUCUCUCUGUUUGGGGCCUAUAUUACAACUUCAGUACCUGCUCAAGUUCUUGAUAGCACCCAGAAGCCUCACUGCUCUGUGUCCCUCCCAUUUUCUCUCCCUAAUUCACCUACAAUGACCUACAAAACCACCAGCCAUGCCGAAUCGCCCAAACUUCUCUGAAACUCUUCACCAUCGCAAUAUGGGUGAGGAAAGCUAUGGAUGGUCCCCAACUGGGGCUCCUCUCGACGUCCAGAGACAGGACCACUGGAGGCACUUCGACAACUCCGUUGAUGCUGUCUCUUUUGGUUUUGUUGCUACCGCCAUUCUCGUCUCAAUGUUCCUGCUUAUGGCUAUCUUUGAAAGGUUUUUGCGACCCACUCCCUCAGCUUUCUCUCACGACGGUGGCCGGAGGAGCCACCUUGACCCUGAGGCCCAGAUGGGUUUUGCUGCAAAGCUUGGCCACCCCUCGCCCAAAAUGACUGUGUAUUCCUAUGGAGUUUCAGUACUAAUGCCUGGAGAUCAUAUUCCAACCUACAUUGCUCACCCGGCUCCCGUCCCGUCUCCCCCGGAACGAAUUCCAUGGCCACAGCUACAACAAAACACCAUAUCCUACGCCACCACCAGCUCCCAUUUCACUGAAACUUCAAGCUCCUUAUAAGCUCAAACGAACCGAGCAUGAGAGAGGUUCCUUAGGUUCUUAUUCUGUACAUACCCUCACAACCCUCCUUCAAGGUAGCAAGUUUCACAUUUUUAUGCCUCCCACAAGGUUUAGCUUUUAUCUCUUUCAAGGCUCUUGGCUUCAUCCCCUCAGCAAUCAUAUAGAAAAUGUAAAAUGGUUUUCGAGUACAAGCAAACUUCGAACGUCGAGAUAUGUAUGAAUUCCUUGAGCUUUGAAUUCAAACUCUUGAGCUAAAAUUCUCGUCUCUGCUAAAGAUCAAUGAGUUCAUAAACUCCCAAAUGAUUGAUACUCUUCCUUGUAUAUUAUUAUGCCAGAGAAUCCAAGAAAAUGACGGCAUAUACACAAAAUCUUAUAAAAUGACAGCCAUUUCUUCUCA